AUGAGCUGCGCGGCUAACAUGGACUACAGCCCGUACUACCCUCAUCACAUGCCACCACCAUGCAUCAAGGACUACGUUGUGUACUCAUCACUGCCUAGGCCGAACAAAAAGGGCGCGUUGAGACCCAGCAAAAGUCUUCCAGAAGGGCUCGCUAGAUGGGAGUACUGCAGGGGAUACAGGCGACCAAGGAACAUCCAAGUCAUAGACCAAAUCACUACGUCUGUGUAG